CACCUCUGACCGUUAUCCACAAAGAACACCACGUGGCCUUUUCUCACUUCCGUUACCAACUCACUCUCUUCUUCCACCACCACCUCCUCCAUUUCCCAUUCAUUCCACACCAACAACAACAUGCCACUGCGUAACCGUUUCCCCAACUAACUCCUCAAAACGACCGCGUCGCACAAAAUGACCCUUUCACUUUUACUUUCACCUGCACCCUCUCUCUCCGUGCCCAACCCUUCGCCAUUCCCCCCCGCGCUCCUCAACGCAACCACCACCACCCUCCGCCAGCUCCUCUUCCCGAGGCGGCGGCUCCACCUCCAACUCCGAGCGCGCGCGGCGAAGUCCAAGGACAUCAUCCCGGUGAACCCCUCGGUGACGGUGGAGAAAGGAAAGUACAGCUACGAUGUUGAAACCCUAAUCAACCGCCUCACCGCGCUCCCGCCACGUGGCAGCAUCGCGCGGUGCCUCGACCCCUUCAAGAACAAGCUAUCCCUAAACGACUUCGCUUUGGUCUUCAAGGAGUUCGCGCAGCGCGGCGAUUGGCAGCGCUCGCUGCGCCUCUUCAAGUACAUGCAGCGGCAGCUAUGGUGCAAGCCCAACGAGCACAUAUACACCAUCAUGAUAACUCUCUUGGGCCGAGAGGGCCUUCUCGACAAGUGCCGCGAGGUGUUCGACGAAAUGCCGGCAAACGGCGUGGUUCGCAGCGUCUACGCCUACACCGCCAUCAUCAACGCCUACGGCCGCAACGGUCACUUCCAAACUUCGCUUGAACUCCUCAGUGGAAUGAAGCAGGAGAGGGUUGCUCCGAGUGUUUUGACUUACAACACUGUGAUUAAUGCUUGUGCCAGGGGCGGGUUGGAUUGGGAGGGGUUGUUGGGGUUGUUUGCUGAAAUGAGGCAUGAAGGGAUUCAGCCUGAUGUUAUCACUUAUAACACCUUGCUUGGUGCGUGUGCUCAUAGGGGAUUAGGUGAUGAGGCUGAGAUGGUGUUUAGGACCAUGAAUGAGAGUGGGAUAGUUCCUGAUAUCAAUACUUAUAGUUAUCUUGUUCAGACAUUUGGGAAGUUGAAUAGGCUUGAGAAGGUUUCCGAGCUUCUUAGGGAGAUGGAGUCCGGGGGUAAUUUGCCGGAUGUUACUUCUUAUAAUGUGUUGUUAGAGGCUUAUGCUGGGUUGGGGUCCAUCAGAGAGGCCAUGGGCGUGUUUCGGCAAAUGCAGGCUGCCGGCUGUGUGCCCAAUGCGGCCACCUAUAGUGUUUUGUUGAAUUUGUAUGGGAAGCAUGGGAGGUAUGACGAUGUUCGCGAUCUUUUUCUUGAGAUGAAAGUGAGCAAUGCGGAUCCUGAUGCUGGUACUUAUAAUAUUCUCAUACAGGUGUUUGGGGAGGGAGGGUAUUUUAAGGAGGUGGUUACUUUGUUUCAUGACAUGGUGGAGGAAAAUAUUGAGCCGAAUAUGGAGACUUAUGAGGGCUUGAUAUUUGCUUGUGGGAAGGCAGGGCUCUAUCAAGAUGCCAAGAAAAUUUUACUGCAUAUGAAUGAGAAUGGGAUAGUGCCUAGUUCCGAGGCUUAUACUGGGGUGAUUGAAGCGUAUGGGCAGGCUUCACUGUAUGAAGAGGCUCUUGUUGCGUUUAACACUAUGAGUGAAGUCGGAAGCAGCCCAACUGUUGAGACCUAUAAUUCGUUCGUUCAUGCAUUUGCAAGGGGGGGAUUGUACAAAGAAGUGGAAGCAAUUUUAUUCAGGAUGAAUGAGGCUGGUUUAAAACGGGAUGUGCAUUCGUUCAAUGGUGUGAUUGAAGCUUUUAGGCAAGGAGGUCAGUAUGAAGAGGCUGUAAAAGCUUAUGUUGAAAUGGAGAAAGAAAAUUGUGAACCUAAUGAGCUGACACUAGAAGAGGUGUUAAGUGUAUACUGCUCCGCAGGUCUUGUUGACGAGAGUGAGGAGCAGUUCCAAGAAAUAAAAGCUUCAGGAAUACUGCCCAGUGUCAUGUGCUACUGCAUGAUGCUCGCUCUUUAUGCAAAGAAUGACAGGUUAAACGAUGCCUAUAAUUUAAUCGACGAGAUGACCACGAUGAGGGUGUCGGAUAUUCAUCAAGUAAUUGGACAAAUGAUCAAGGGAGAUUUUGAUGAUGAGUCUAAUUGGCAGAUUGUGGAGUACGUAUUUGACAAACUCAAUUCUGAAGGAUGUGGAUUGGGAAUGAGAUUCUACAAUGCACUGUUAGAAGCUCUUUGGUGGAUGUUCCAGAGAGAGAGGGCUGCUAGAGUGCUUAAUGAAGCAUCAAAACGAGGGCUGUUCCCUGAACUUUUUCGUAAAAGUAAACUCUUGUGGUCUGUGGAUGUACACAGGAUGUCGGAAGGUGGUGCAUUAACAGCAUUAUCAGUUUGGCUGAACAAUAUGCAGGAAAUGUGCUUGACCGGCGAUGAUCUUCCUGAGCUUGCAACAGUUGUCGUGGUGCGGGGUGACAUGGAGAAAAACACAGAUGCCCAAGAUUUCCCAAUCGCAAAGGCUGCGAUUUUAUUCUUGCAGGACAACGUCCCAUCAUCCUUCACUUUCCCUAGAUGGAACAAAGGUCGCCUUGUUUGUCAGCAGUCACAACUGAAACGAAUUCUGUUGGGCACUGAAUCAUCUUCAAGUAGAAAAAAAACCGAUAAAUUAAUAUCUUUAAGUAAUGCCCCAUUGACUACCGCAGGAGUUAUAACAUCCAAAUCUGAUGGUAAAGCUAAUAAUGUUGAUUCUAGAACCGAUAGUACCAGAACAGAGCUUCUAACGAGUGCAGUUUAGAUUAGAAAAUAUAGAAAUUACAUUCAUCACUUUCCCAUGCCACGUUUUGAUCGGUUUGAAAUCAACAUUUUGGCACGUAUUUGUUACACUUGCACUCAUUAUUCCCAUUUCCCAAUUGGGCUGGCUUUCAAGUCGCCAAAAUUUUGGUAUACAUAUUCUCAAGGUAUCUGAAUAGUUUUCUAUUGGCUCCAAUA